GGAGCAUUUGUCUUUAUUCCAUUAUUUGAGCAUUAGACAAAGAUGGCUUUUCAGGCAGGCCUGCAAUGUAGGCUAGCGAGCAUUCAAUACAUGGAUCAUUUCACUUUGCCUGUAGGUUCGUACACUGACUGACUUGAUUGCACAACUUUUAAACCCAUUUAGUGAUCAGUGUAAACGUGUUACCCAUAACACCCCAUUCAUCAGAGGACCUUGUUGUGGGACUUGUAAACACAAACGGCCUCACGUUGCUGUAAAGUGGGUGUCACCGCCUGACUGAUUCCAGUGGUACUGCACAACCAGCUGGCAAAGUCCACCUGCUCUUAUUUUGGUGACUGCGUGAACCUAAAGAAGAAAAGUGCAUGGUGAACUAUCCCUUUAGUGCUGGUAAAGGUAAGAUGGGGAGUCUCCAGCAGAGGACCAUCUCCAACCAAGUCGCCGCUGUCUCAAGUCUUCUGCAAUUUCUCAGUGCUUGUCCUGCCAUGAAAGCAUCACUGCAGAACAAACCUAACCUGAAGCUUGCUCCUGGUGGACAUGUUGGACUCUUCUGCAUGGAUGAGCUGUACGGCACCUGGCGUAAACCUGCUUCCCUGAAGAAUGGUUACAACCUGCCCAUGCACAAGAUGACCAACACCGACCUGAGCAGGAUUCUGAAGAAUGGUUACAACCUGCCCAUGUACAAGAUGACCAACACCGACCUGAGCAGGAUUCUGAAGAGUAAGGAGAUCAGAAGGCUCUUCGUACACCAAUCAAGAAGAUCAGAUGCAGAGUCCUGAAGAAGAACUUGAGGACAAUGCUCAAACAAGACGCCAUGACGUCCUCAAGAAUGACCCUGUGGUAAAAGAUUCAAGCUGGAAGCAAAACUUAGACGCUAAAGGAAUCAAAUCUCUAUACUUGUCAACAAGAGUUAAGUAAUUUAAUAAAUCAUUUGUUUCAAAUGUACGAGUCAGACCUGUAAUUGCACAUUUUGAUUCGAAGACAAUUUAUUUCACAUAAGCUAACAGACUUAAAUCUGCUGUUGCUAAAUGACAAAAGGCAAAGAGGAAAAUCAAGCACAGGUGGAGGAGCAUUUGUCUUUAUUCCAUUAUUUGAGCAUUAGACAAAGAUGGCUUUUAGGCUAGCGAGCGUUCAAUACAUGGAUCAUUUCACUUUGCCUGUAGGUUCGUACACUGACUGACUUGAUUGCACAACUUUUAAACCCAUUUAGUGAUCAGUGUAAACGUGUUACCCAUAACACCCCAUUCAUCAGAGGACCUUGUUGUGGGACUUGUAAACACAAACGGCCUCACGUUGCUGUGAAGUGGGUGUCACCGCCUGACUGAUUCCAGUG